AAUUUACGCAAUUUCUUAAACCGAAUCAGCGCUUGGAUUUAAAAUCGGUGGCUCUUACACAUAUUUUAGUUUGAUUUUCAGCCAAUGUGCUCAUCAUUCGAAUGCGCAAAAAUGUCAGACUUCUAGUCUGAAGUUAGAUCCUCAUAACGAAGUACGCGGCAUAGUCAGUUUAUGGUACCUUGGUUGACAAUCAAGAAAAUUUGGUUGCAAUUAAAGCAUUUAAUUAAUGGUGAUAGAAUAUCGCUGUCUUACUGGUUCUGCUGAUGGAAAGGCUGCUAUUUUGUCAUUCGACGAUAUACUUAUAGCUCUAUUCAAUCUUACAUUGGAUGAAAACUCCGUUGUGGCUAAAGAUGCUGUAUUGUCCUUGAUAAAUCUAUCGGCAGAUGAAGAUGGUGCACGCAAGAUAUAUGAAACAGCUAAGGAAGUACACCCGAAAUUAAGUCUUAUUUCAAAAGCUGUUGAAAUUAUAACUGACGAAAAUGCCGCACUGGCCGAUGCCUGGUGCAUGGUGUUAAGUAAUUUAUCCAGAGUAGAACUAUUGGCCUAUAAUAUUUUGGACGAACUGGAAACUAAUCCCAAGAGUUUACUUCAAAUGGCUAAAGCAUUUGCUAAACUCGAUUAUAAUACAAAAAAGAACAAAUUGCAUUAUUUGGGGCCAAUAUUUUGCAAUCUUACACAAACAACCAGGGGACGUGAACUAAUUUGUCUAAAUAAACACAAUCUCUUGGAUAAGAUCUUACCCUUUGCUUCGUAUGCAGAUUCCAUUGUACGAAGAGGAGGAACAAUUGGCAUUUUGAAAAACAUCUGCUUCGAUCCUAUCUAUCACGAUAUUAUACUACGAGAUACAGAUGAUAUUCUGUAUGCUAUUUUGUACCCACUUUGUGGCCCAGAAGAGUUUAGUGAUGAGGAAAAUGACAUGUUCCCAAUAGAAUUGCAGUACUUACCAGACACAAAGACACGGGAGGAAGACCCGGAUUUGCGCAAAAUGCUUUUGGAAUCCCUUUUGCAAUUGUGUUCACGAAGAAGGUCUAGAGAACAUCUACGCGCGAAAGGUGUAUACGAAAUUUUGAGAGAGUAUCAUAAAUGGGAAGCCAACAUAGGGAAAGACAAAGACUGUCUUCUGGCCUGUGAAAACGUUGUCGAUAUUCUUAUAAAGAAAGAAGAAGAAAUCGGUCUUGAUAACUACAAACAAGUGGAAGUACCUGCAGACGUAGCUGAAAAAUUUGUCAAGGAAGAUGAGGAAUAUCUGAAAGAUUUAUUAUAGAUG